CGCGCUGCUUUGCGGCGCGCGGCGGCGCCUGACGGCAGAAGGAGCGGAUUGGGAGGAGGGAGGACAACAAAGGGCCAGAGGGGCCGCGGCGGCGGCGGGUGCUGGGCGGCGGGGCCGGCGCAGCAGGUGGGAAGAAUGAAAGGAAGGGGGGAUGAAAGGAUGUUGAACCUUUUUGUUUGGCUGUAUGAUGGAAGGAAACAGGACAGAGAACCUCUGCAAUAGAUCCUUGGGAUGGCUUCAGAGACAAGAGAAUGAUGCUAAGCCAUGGCUCUGGAAGCUUUCUAAUUGCUUUUCUGCUGCUGAGAAGGCUUUGCCUUGUAGUGCAAAAACGAAAGAUUACAUGGAGAACAAGAAAGCUGCUGUAGAAUUGAAGGAUGCUUCAUCUCCUCAUGCCGGCUCUAAAUUGUUUCCAGCAGUGCCGCUUCCCGAUGUUCAUCCUCUUCAGCAACAGCAACUACAGCUUUCCCCUGGCCCCAAAGUAAGCUGCUGUGCUCAUGGCUCUGACUCUUCUUGCACUCCACAAAUGCAUUGUGGUGGUGGUGGAGGUGGGAACCUGAUUCACCCUGGCACAAUAUUAGACUCAAAAAGCACUGGGACGAUAACUUGUCAAGUAGGGUCAGGAUUUGCUUAUCAGUCUGCAUCUUCACUGAAGAACCCUCCAGCUAGAAGCAAUUUGGCAGGAAUUUCCAGUGAGUUCUCUGGUAUGUGUGUAGAAAACAGUGUAUCUUCCUGUCAGCAUCUGGCCUGUUGUGGAAAACUCCAUUUUCAGCCGUGUCACGGUAACGUGCACAAGCUGCAUCAGUUCCCAGCCCUGCCGAGCUGCCCAUCCUCUGGCUAUUUCCCCUGUCCUGAGUUCACCACUGGGGCUGCGGGGCACUUGGACGAGCACGUUGCACAGCCGGAGCUGCCGCCACGCGUGUGCGCCAACCCUCUGCACCUAAACGUGGUGCCCCCCGUGUGUCUGAAGGGCUCUCACUACUGCACUGACUGCUUGAGCAAGCCAACCAGAAACAGCCUAGUUGAUGCUGCUAAAAUCUGGCCAAAUAUUCCUCCUCCAAGUGCACAGACUGCACCUGUUCCUAUCCCAAUCUGUAAUGGCUGUGGAACCAAAGGAACAGGAAAUGAGAAGAGUUUGAUACUGGCAAGCAGCCUUGGCAAAUCACCACAGAAAUAUGGGUCCCCAGAAGUUGCAAUAACAGGCCAGGUUCUGGAAAACUUGCCCCCCAUUGGAGUCUUCUGGGAUAUUGAGAACUGCUCAGUCCCCACUGGCCGUUCAGCUGUGGCAGUUGUGCAGAGGAUUCGCGAGAAGUUUUUUAAAGGUCACAGAGAGGCAGAAUUCAUCUGUGUGUGUGACAUAAGUAAAGAAAAUAAAGAAGUUAUUCAGGAGCUAAACAACUGCCAGGUGACUGUUGCACACAUCAAUGCUACAGCCAAGAAUGCUGCUGAUGACAAGCUCAGACAGAGUCUUAGGAGAUUUGCUGAUACACACACUGCACCUGCCACCGUGGUUCUUGUGUCAACGGAUGUGAACUUUGCUCUGGAACUGAGUGACCUGAGACAUCGCCAUGGUUUCCGAAUCAUUCUGGUACAUAAAAACCAAGCUUCAGAAGCACUCUUACAUCAUGCCCAUGAACUUAUUUGUUUUGAAGAAUUUAUUUCAGACUUGCCACCAAGGUUACCGCUGAAAAUGCCGGCUUGUCACACACUGUUAUAUGUCUAUAAUCUGCCAACAAACAGAGACAGCAAAAGUGUCAGCAAUCGCCUGCGGCGUUUGUCAGACAACUGUGGAGGGAAGGUGCUGAGCAUUUCUGGGGGCAGCGCAAUUCUCCGCUUCUUAAACCAGGAGAGCGCGGAACGGGCGCGGAAGCGAAUGGAAAAUGAAGAUGUUUUUGGAAACAGGAUUGUAGUGUCUUUCACUCCCAAAAACAAAGAACUCAAUGAAACAAAAAGCUCCGGCUUUGUGGGAACUGAUAAGGUCAAGUCUCCCAAAAAAAUUAACAAGAACACAAAGCUGUGCCUCCUCAACAAAGAUUCAAAUGAUCAGUCUGCUGGUACCAAAGGCUCUGCUGGGAGGGGAUUCCAGAUUCAUGGAUCUGUCAUCAAAUCCACAAAUGUCAAAAGUUUACAGGAGCUGUGCCGUCUUGAAUCAAAGAAUGUCAGUAGAAAUACUGAAAACCAGCAAGAACGUUUAAGAGAACAAAUUCCUUCUCCUCAGAGUAACUCUAAUGCAGCAAUUUCCGUGUCUCUGGCAACCAAAAAAAUGGGAGCAGGAGAAUCAUCCUCCAAAAAUAGUCAGAAAAAAGAGACCUCUGCUUCCAGGAGCAUUACUAAUUCCCCUGUAGAUAAAAAAGAUAAAGAUGAAACUGUAUUUCAGGUCAGCUAUCCCUCUGCUUUCAGUAAGUUGACGGCCUCAAGACAACUCAGUCCUUUACUCAUGUCUCAGAGUUGCUGGUCAUCUCGGAGUAUGUCUCCCAACCUUUCAAAUAGAUCAUCUCCACUCACAUUCAAUGUAGUGAAUCAUACCAGUGGUACAGACUGCCCUGAUCCCUUUGCAAAUGGUGCAGACAUUCAGAUCAGCAACAUAGAUUACAGAUUGUCCAGAAAAGAGUUGCAGCAGAAUUUACAAGAAAUCUUCUCAAGACAUGGCAAGGUAAAAAGUGUGGAGCUCAGUCCCCACACAGACUACCAGCUGAAGGCUAUGGUUCAGAUGGAGAAUCUGCAAGAAGCCAUCAGUGCUGUCAACAGUCUGCACAGAUACAAAAUUGGCAGUAAGAGGAUCCAGGUCUCAUUAGCAACAGGAGCUGCUAGUAAAUCACUCUCUCUGCUUAGCUCAGAAGCAAUGUCCAUUCUGCAGGAUGCACCUGCUUGUUGCUUGCCUGUGUUCAAAUUCAUAGAAAUCUAUGAAAAAAAGUUUGGCCGUAAGCUGAUUGUGUCAGACUUGUACAGACUGACGGACACCGUGGCCAUCCGUGACCAGGGGAGUGGCAGGCUCGUGUGCCUCCUGCCCAGCAGCCAAGCCAGGCAGAGCCCCUUGGGAUCCUCACAGUCACACGAUGGCUCCUCAGCCAACUGUAGCCCAAUAAUAUUUGAAGAGUUGGAAUAUCACGAGCCUGUUUGUAAGCAGCAUUGCCUGAAUAAAGACUUUAUUGAACAUGAGUUUGAUCCAGAUUCUUAUAGAAUUCCUUUUGUGGUUUUGUCUCUGAAGACAUUUGCUCCCCAAGUUCACAGUCUUCUACAGACACAUGAGGGUACUGUGCCUUUACUAAGUUUUCCUGAUUGUUACAUGUCAGAGUUCAGUGAUCUUGAAAUGGUGCCAGAAGGCCAAGGUGGUGUUCCCUUGGAACAUCUGAUUACCUGUGUUCCUGGAGUUAACAUUGCCACUGCCCAAAAUGGCAUUAAAGUUAUCAAAUGGAUACAUAACAAACCACCACCUCCCACUGCAGAUCCUUGGCUCCUGCGUUCCAAGAGCCCUGUAGGCAAUCCCCAGCUCAUUCAGUUCAGUCGAGAAGUGAUAGAUCUGCUCAAAAGCCAACCAUCCUGUGUCAUCCCUGUCAGCAAAUUCAUCCCAACCUACCAUCACCACUUUGCCAAGCAGUGCCGAGUGUCUGACUAUGGCUAUUCCAAAUUAAUGGAGCUGCUGGAAGCAGUGCCUCAUGUGCUGCAGAUUCUGGGCAUGGGUUCCAAACGCUUGUUAACGCUCACGCACAGAGCUCAGGUGAAGCGCUUCACUCAAGAUUUGCUGAAGCUGCUCAAGUCCCAGGCCAGCAAGCAAGUUAUUGUGAGGGAAUUCUUGCAAGCUUAUCACUGGUGUUUCUCUAAGGAUUGGGAUGUUACGGAGUAUGGAGUGUGUGAACUGGCUGAUAUUAUAUCAGAAAUUCCAGAUACAACCAUCUGUUUGUCACAGCAAGACAAUGAAAUGGUGAUUUGUAUUCCUAAAAGAGAGCGUACCCAGGAGGAAAUAGAAAGAACCAAGCAGUUUUCCAAGGAGGUGGUGGAUCUGCUGCGGCACCAGCCCCAUUUCCGAAUGCCCUUCAAUAAAUUUAUUCCCUGUUACCACCACCACUUUGGGCGCCAGUGCAAACUCGCUUACUAUGGGUUUACAAAACUACUUGAACUCUUUGAAGCCAUACCAGAUGUCUUACUUGUGCUGGAGUGUGGGGAGGAGAAGAUUCUGACGCUGACAGAGGUGGAGCAGGUGAAGGCAGUGGCUGCCCAGCUGGUGAAGCUGCUGCGGGCACAGAAGGACAAUGCCCUGCUGCUGGCUGACCUGCUGCCCGAGUACAGCCGCACCUUCGGCUACGCCCUGCGCCUGCACGACUUCGACGUCAGCUCCGUGCCAGCCCUCAUGCAGAAACUCUGCCACGUUGUGAAGGUGGUUGACACAGAAUCUGGCAAGCAAAUUCAGCUGAUAAAUAGAAAAUCUCUGCGGACUCUGACUGCCCAGCUGCUGGUCUUGCUGAUGUCCUGGGAUGGAACAUCCUUGCUCUCAGUUGAGCAGCUUAAGCAACAUUAUGAAACAGUCCACAGUACUUCACUUAAUCCAUGUGAAUAUGGAUUUAUGACCUUAACUGAGCUCCUGAAGAGUCUGCCUUACUUGGUUGAGGUUUUUACCAAUGGUGCAGCUGAAGAAUAUGUCAAGCUUACAAAUCUGUAUGUUUUUGCAAAGAAUGUGAGGUCCUUACUUCACACUUACCAUUAUCAGCAAAUUUUUCUUCACGAGUUCCCAGUAGCAUACAGCAAAUACACAGGAGAAGUGCUGCAGCCUAAAGCAUAUGGAUGCAAUAAUUUAGAAGAGCUCUUGGGAGCAAUUCCACAGGUGGUCUGGAUUAAAGGACAUGGCCAUAAGAGAAUUGUAGUCCUGAAGAAUGAUAUGAAAACUCGUUUUAGCUCACCUAGUUUUCCCCCUGCUGAUCAUGUAGAUGAUCAUGAAAAUCAACUUGCUGACAAUAAUGGACAAGUUAUGGACACCCAAGCAUCCACUUCCUCAAUGGAACUAGAUCUAGGAGGGCCUAGCAAUGUUUCUAAUCAAACAGAGCAGGAACUUCUUUGCCUCACAAACACAUCUCCUGUUGAUCUCCUGUGUGAGCCAGUCCCUUCCUGCCUGCCAUCCCCCCAGCUGAGACCUGACCCCGUGGUUCUUGAGUCUGCAGAUCUCAUUCAGUUUGAGGAACGCCCUGCACCCCUCCCAGAGAUAAUGAUUUUAACAGAAGAAGAAAAACAGACGAUUGUUACCACAGCUCAAGAAAAGCUGAUCUCUGGUUCUGUGGUGUCUGACUCCACAGAGAAUGCUUCAGUGCCUCCCUGUCAGUCCUCUGAAACCCAAGUAAACAAAGAAGCAACGGACAGCCCAGCCAAAAAGCAACACAAAAACAAGGUCAAAUUGGCAGCAAACUUCUCACUUGCACCUGUAACCAAGCUUUAACUUUUUCUUUUUAGUGUGAAGGACAAAUAC